UUUCUCAAUGGCUGAUUCGCUGACGGUGAUUGACAUACACAACCACUGAACGGUGCGUCAAAUAGGUUUGGCAAUAUGGAUAUCGAAUUGGAGCCGUUCAGUAGAGGAAACGAGUGAUAUUAAGGGUCGUCAAUGUUCAGUGGUUGGUGCAGGUCGAAGGGCAGUAGAAAGGCAGAUCUUUUCGUGUGUUCGAGAAGAGCGCGAGGACGGUUCGUGAUCGAUUCCCCCGUCCCGUUAGUUGACCCGCCAUAGUGAUAUAAUAAACUUACACACCUUUAUCCUUAUCGCAUUGCAUAGAACAAUAUAGAAGAAUUUCGCCUCGAAUGAGAUGCACGCGAAAGUGAUCUAGAUCCAAUCUGCUGUGGAAUCAGCCCUCCGGAGAGCAUUGUCAAGCUUCCAAGUAAAUGGUUGAUAGGAUACAACAGUACAAGUGACAUUAUUAGUGACCCUAUUAUCAUAUCUCAGCAGAAUCAUUGCAACCAAUGAUGACACUAAAAAAGAGACUGUUGCAUUAGAAGAGUAAUUAAAUAAUUUAAGCAUAGUGAAGAUUCCAUAGAAUAGUAUAUAUCCGCAGUGUUUAUUUCCAUAUAACAUAGCACAAACAGCAUAGUAAGCAAAAAAAAAACACGAAACAUGGGAAAGCUACUGUCAAAGAUCUUUGGCAACAAGGAAAUGAGGAUCCUGAUGCUUGGCUUGGAUGCAGCAGGCAAAACAACGAUUCUCUAUAAGCUUAAGCUAAGCCAAUCUGUCACCACCAUUCCCACAGUGGGUUUCAAUGUAGAAACUGUCACCUAUAAGAAUGUUAAGUUUAAUGUUUGGGAUGUUGGUGGGCAGGACAAGAUUAGGCCACUCUGGAGGCAUUAUUACACUGGUACACAAGGACUUAUAUUUGUUGUGGACUGUGCAGAUAGGGACCGCAUUGAUGAGGCCAGACAGGAGCUGCAUCGAAUCAUCAACGAUCGCGAGAUGCGCGACGCCAUCAUCUUAAUAUUUGCCAAUAAACAAGACUUACCAGAAGCAAUGAAGCCGCACGAAAUUCAAGAGAAACUUGGACUCACGCGAAUCCGCGACCGCAAUUGGUACGUGCAGCCCGCCUGUGCAACCACCGGCGACGGUUUAUACGAAGGCCUCACAUGGCUUACAAGCAAUCACAAAUUAUAGCAUCAUAUAUGCACCUUUUUUUAAAUAGUAUAUGACUGCAUCCUGAGCCUUUAUUUGUACCAAUAAAUACCAAUUACUUUGUAAAUAAAUGAUUUAAAUGUAUUUACUUGUGUUAUAAUGUAAAUUAUUGUUGCGAUAAAAAAAAAUAAUAAUUAUAAUAUGAGGAAACCUUUUUCAAUGCUGCAAUGAAAAUAAUAAUAAUUGUAUAUGAGAGUAUUGUACUAUUAUAACCUUUGAUAUUUUGUAAUCUAAAAAAGUUAAUAGAUUAAUUACAUUUUA